CAUCUUCUAGCACCGAUGCUGUUAGGUUGUGAACUUCAUCUGUCUUGCACCUUUUUUUUGGCAGAAUGUCAACGAGCUCAACCAAUGGCUUUCCGCCAUCCGAAAAGCCACCAUUGCCAACGAAUGCAUGCUGCCCUUUUGCCACCCGGGAGCCUUCAGAAGCAACCGAUGGACUUGUUGCUUGCAGACGGACCAGGCCGUUCAGGGCUGCAGCCGUACGCAUUCCGCUGUGACCCUGGGCGACUGGAGCGACCCUCUGGAUCCCGACGCAGAAGCUCAGCUAGUGUACAAGCAGCUUUUGUUGCAUAAAGACAAGCUCAGGGAAAAAUACCAGGAGAUUUCAAACACGGAGGCUGCGCGGGAACAAAGCAACACAGCCAAAAGAGCUUCGGACAAAAACCAGCAAAGGUUGACAGCAGCUGCCCAUCUCCUAGAAGUCAUCCAAGGACUGGAGCAGGCCCACAGGGCUUUUGAACAUCAAGAAGGGGGAGAGAAACCAGGGACUGGCACACUACCCCCUCCCUAGGUGGCACCAUCUCCCAUUAGGAGCCAGGUUGUUUUGUCUGUGUUGUUAAUGAUGGCAUCAUCUUUACACCUGUUUAGAGAAGAAAGCAACUAGCUACACUACAGGUUUUGCUCCUGCUGAACAAUGUCCCCUUGGAAGGAGAACA